UGGCGACAGGCAACUUUCGCUCGUACAGAAAGCUUUCGUCUCGACACCGUCGGCUGAUUCACGAGAAAGUAAGAGUAUCUAUAAUUCAGACAUCAGAGGCUCAUACUUCCCCUGUUGUACCACAAUCCAGCAGCAUGGGAGGAGCUCUCUCCAUUUCCUUCCUCUUAAUUCUCUCGCUUCUACUCUUCCUCCUCGCUCGGCCCUCUCAAGCCAUGAAUGCCGUUGUCAUGGACGGCGUCGCCGAGUGGAAAGGCCUCACGGUUCGAGUUGGAGACUCUCUUGUGUUCAGGCACAAACACCAUCUCCAAAAUCUUUACCUCUUCCACAAUAGAAGGGCGUUCGAUCGCUGCAGCUUCUCCCAGGCUGCCCUCAUCUACGACGGCAGCAACUCCACCCGUUUCACGUGGCAUGCUGCCCGCCCAGGCUAUUACUACUUCUCCCCUAGGGACAGCUCUGGAAGGAGAUGUGAGAAGGGCGAGAAGCUCCUCGUGAGGGUGAUAACCCCUGACCUCGCCCCCAGCUUCCCUCCAACAGUCGUCGCCCCGUUCCCCAUUGCCCUGCCGCCCACCGCGGGCGGGGAUUUGCCCUCCCACGGUUGGCCCAUUAGCUCCCCGAGUUCUACCCCCACGCCCGCGCCGGAGGCGGCUGCUCCUUCUUUUUCCGGCCCAUUGGAGCCGAGCAACGGUCACGCCCCCGCGAACGCUCCAUUGCCGGACUCCGGCGGUGGGAUUCCGUUCAUCAGUAGCAAUCCGGCGGUUCCUCUUCCCAGCGACGAGACGGAUUCGGCUACCAUUCUCCCUCUGCCCUCCCCUGGGAAUGCGAACCAGGUGGUGGGACAGGGGUCUCUUCUCCGAGCUGGGACAUCCUGGCUGAUGGUGGUGAUGAUGGUCUUCUUUGGGCUCGCGGCAGAGCGCUAUUUCCCUUUGGGGACUUGCUUUUAAACUGCUGAGUGCUGACAGCCAAACUACUCUGUACAAAUACUAGAACAACCUUCGUGGAGAUGUUAAUUUGCAGCUGUUGCUCGCUUUUGUUCUAAUUUUCAAGUUUAAGAUCUUGUUUAAGGAAGAUCAAACAUUUGAUCAUAAUAGAAAACUGUCAUGUGGAUCAGCUGGGUGUCUUAUUUUUCUGAUACACAUGAGGUCCAUCAGGAUGGCCUAGUUCAUAACUCAUAUUUUUUUCA